AAUUGACAUUCGUGUUGUCGUCUGUGAUUCGUGUUUUGUGUUGAAAAAUAAAUAAAAUGUUUACUUUUGUAUUCUAAUUUUUCUCAUUAAAAUUUCGAGUUUGAGUUAGAAGAGUUCAAUUUUAACACACAAUUAUUCAACGUAUGGUCCAGUUACAUAGUAUAAACUUGAACGCGUGAAAAAUAGCAAAUAUGUCGUUUUUCAAGAACGUAACAUCAGGUUUUGCGAUUCGCAGUCGCGACACAAUACUAAAGGAAUCUUUGAUUAAUAAUUUGUCAGAGUGCGUAAAAGAUAUUCAAUACAACAGUCAAUUCGAAGAGAACUUCCACAGCGUUCUCGGUUCGACGGACUCCACGAACACAUUAUGUAUGGCGUUGGAAGCUGUUUUCCUUCACGGCUUGAAAGACACGUUCUUGAGGAAAGCUAAGAACGUAAUAUCCGGCGAUCCCGACUACCGGCCGCAGUCCAGCUUUUGGCCUUUGAUAUUGGUGCUGUCUCAUAGACAGAACAUUGAUCAAAUAUCGUCUCUUCCGCAAAUCAACACAGAGACAGGUCAGUGCCGAGCCUGGCUCAGGAUCGCUCUCAACGAGUGUCUGUUGUCCUCUUACAUGUCUACACUGUUGAAGAACAUAUCUGCAGUUAAGCCUUUUUACAACAGGAGUGCGUUUGUAUGUGACACAGAAAUAUUGGAGGUCGCUCAGAAACUGGUCCAGGGACUGGAGACUUGUGUUCAGUUCAACUUACCAAUUAAUUCUAGUUUGCUGAAUCAAUGGCCAGAACAGGUGUUAAUGCAGGCAGGGGUUUGGGUGCCAACCAUGAGAGUGGCACCCAUUACUGCCGGCCUAGAUGUCGCCAGCACUCUGACGGAUGAAGUGAAGCCCAAACUGGCUACAACUCCCACACAUGCCUCCAGUGUUACAGGCAUGGUUUUGAAUGAAGAUGAAGCUUUAAAAUUCAUUCUGUCUAAAGAUUCUAAUGACAUAACUAACAAAAAACAGAUUACAAAUGAAAAGUCGCAUAAUGAAGAAUCUGAAAUAAUUAAGAAGGAAGGGAAUAUAAAAUCUGAUUCUGACUCUUUAGAAGUUGUAGAAGCAACAACGAGCCAUGAGCCAGCCGAUGAAACUUCUCAGUCCCAGGAGCAGGCUCACACCUACUCAUCAUCUGUUGAUUCUGGUGAAUUUAUUGCACCCUCUGAUGUUGUGGUCACUGGAAAUUCUUUGAUGGUUUUUAAUGGUAGUGGAAAAGGGUGGUCGAAUGAUAGUCAUGAUGAAUUAAAUGAAUCAAUAAAUUCAAAUUCAUCCCAUGGCAGCAGCAUGAUUAAAACACCAGAAUUGAAAAGUCUAUCAUCACUAAUCGACAACACUGUUGCUUACGGUGAGCCAUACACUCAUACCCAAAAUUUAAAAGACAUUAUGAAGGAUAUUCAUAAAGAACUGAAACUGACAGUAGAAGACAGUGUGACUGCUGAGGAAAAGGUAGAGACAGCAGUGCUAGAUGAUCCCACUCUACAAGGGUUAGAUUUUGAAGUUGUCCCCAACUCCAGCAAUGGCUCCUUUACACCUCAAGAGUUACAGAGAAUGAUAAAACAAUUGGGGAUGUUAUCUAGAGAAAGAGGACUCGAUUUCCAAAACUACCAGUGCAAGGGUUGUCAAGACUUGUUAGGUAGUACAGUUUCCAAAGCCAAAGUAUGUGGGUACACGGGUGAAUAUUUCUGCUCCAAUUGUAUGGAUCCAAAUGUUUUCAUCAUUCCAGCCAGAGUCAUCCACAAUUGGGACUUCAAAAGAUAUCCAGUGUCAAAAAAAUCAGCACUGUUCUUAUUAGAAUUCCAACACCAUCCUUGGAUAGAUAUGAAAAAGCUUAACCCAAAAAUAUAUUGCGGCGUCUCAGACAUGGCUCAGCUGCAGGAGUUGAGAAUACAACUUAACUUUUUGAGAGCCUACAUUUUUACUUGCCGUGAACCGGUCAUCGAGGAGCUACAGAAACGUGUGUGGCCCAGAGAGUAUUUAUAUGACCAUGUACAUUUAUACACAAUAUCUGAUUUAGCUCAGAUACCCAACAAUUCUUUGGCUUUACAGUUAGAAAAAGUGGUCAGCUUUGCAAAAUCUCAUGUCCUAGACUGUUGGCUCUGCAGCCAAAAGGGCUUUAUUUGUGAAGUUUGCAAGGAUUCCAAGAUAUUAUAUCCGUUUGAGACAAGCUCAACAUACAGAUGUGAUGAAUGUUCAAGCGUUUUCCAUGCUAAAUGUCAAAAUGAAAGCUCGCCUUGCCCUAAGUGCAAAAGGAGACAAGAAAGAACAUGUGACACAUCAUUGGUUGAUGCUCUUCAUUAUCAUUUUAUUAAAUAAAUUCCUAGAUAAUUGCAGAAUAUGGUUAAUAUAUUAUUGAUCUGUCAUAUUAUUAAAAAUAUUACCUAAAAUGAUAGGUCAUGUACCCAAUGCUAAGUAUAUAAGUGGUAGAUAAGAGUAAUAUGCUGAGAUUAUUGACUGGUGUUGCAUUGUUUUGUACUAAACAUUUGAGAUAAACAACUAUCACUUAUAUUAUAAACAAGCUCUUAAAUAUCGGCUUACUUUACAAAUCUAUGUACAAAUAUAGUAUAAUGAGAAUAACAAACAUAAUUUGCCAAAUAUUUAUUUUAAAUUUAUAGUUUUGUUUAAAAAAUUAACAUAAUAUGUUAUCUAUGCAUCUAUAUCUAGCAACAUAAAGGCGCUAACAUUAGGUUUAUGGCUGUAUACUUAUAUGUAUAUUUUUCAUAUGUAAAUAGUUAAUUUUAUCAAUUAAUACUGAGCUAUAGUAAUACAUAUUUGUUUAUGAAUAAUUAAUUAUUAUUUAGGUAGAUGAAAUAUUUAUUCAGUUGCAAGUAUAUAAAGGGUUAGUGAAAUAUGAUUUCAAGAUGAAAAAUUACUAGGUAUUUUAAUUUUUUUUUUUAUAAAGUAGCUCUUGUGUUGUAGGUAUAUAAUAACAUUGAAAAGUGGCGGUCCAAAAGAAAGUUAAAAACUUUCAAUUUAGAUUAUUACUACAGACUGUGGUAACGUAUCCUACACGCUUUCACAUUUCAGCCUAUACAUUGGCGUAUCUAGGAUUAUUUCCUAGGGUGGGCCGGGCCUCCCACAUCAAGUAUAUUAUUAGUAUCAUAAUAGAAUUCCAUAUUGGUAGCCCGAAAUCCUAGGAUCGGCAUAGGUACAUGCUAGGGUGGGCCGGGCCCACCCGGCCCCACCGCUAUAUACGCCUAUGAUAGGUAGUUGUGACAGGGUAGGGAAAGUGAGAGAUUGCAUAUCUCAAUGUGAGUAGCUUAUAGUUUUGAGACAGUAAUAAUUUACUUUGAAGUUUUCAUGGUCACUGAUGAACCAAUUUAUUUUAUCAGCAUAAUAAUAGUAACGAAAAUAACUAUUAGAUGAUAAGGAAAAUUAUUAAUAGUAAAACUAAUUAUAGUUUUCUUGUAAUCAUAUUACAGUUAAAUGGUAGUAAUUAUGAGUGUAGAGUAAUAUAUUGUGAAUUAUAGUAAUUGUAUUUAUUCUUUAUGAUCUCCUGUAGAAAAAAUAAAUUAUUUUAGAAUA